AUGACACAAGUAGGAAUAGGAUUGACAAUAUCCAGUUCAUCCCACAACAUUUUCAUUUUUUCGUCAGAGUCUGAGGAGCUCCAACGCCUUGUUCAUGCACCGCCAUUUUGGCAGAGCAAGAAGAGGUUGUCUAAGCAACUAUCAAUGUGUGAGACUCAUAGAGACGUUGCAUGGGAGAAACGUCGUCGUCAAAUCUUAAAGCAAGAGAGGAAGAAAAACAUGGUUCUUGACGCAGAAGAUUUAACAGACGAGGAUUUGCAUGAGUUAAAAGGGUCUAUAGAACUUGGAUUUGGUUUCAAUGAAGAGGCAGGCCAAAAGCUUUGUAAUACAUUGCCGGCUUUGGACCUUUACUUCGCCGUCAAUCGACAGUUGUCGCCGAGUCCGGUGUCGACGCCCCUUAGCCAAGGAUCAAUUAGCUCCAUGGGGCCUAGAUCCGCUUCAUUUGGUAGUCCUAAGAGUGAAGAUUCAUGGAAAAUUUGUGGCCCAGGAGACAGUCCUCAACAAGUGAAGAUCAAGUUGCGGCAUUGGGCGCAAGCUGUUGCUUGUUCAGUGAUGCAAUCCUUUUGAUUUCGUUGAUAAAUCUGUGCAAACUAGAGGACAAAGAAUAAAACAGCAAGAAAAAUGAAAAUAGAGGAGGAGAGAGGGAAAGAGAGAGAGAGAGAGAGAGAGGAGAAAGAAUGAUGAAGCAGAAAUGGAUAACAAGAAAUGUAACGUUUAAGCUAAGCUACAUGGUCUUAUGAUCAUGCAUGCAUAUGCUCAUGCGCCAUUUCAAGAUAUAGCAAGUACCGGGAUUAUAUAUAUAGUUCUACUAUGUAU